AUGAGUCGAGUGAUUCGUCCGGUCAGUAACCUUGAACGUUCCAAAGUCGUCUUACAGACGGCAAGCAACUUCUCAAAUUUGGGCUUCACAGUCCGUUAUAAGUGGGAUGAACUGUACUCUCUAAACUCCAACACAAAUUCUGUAAACACCGAGCUCUCAAAGAAGCUUGUUAUACAAGUACUCUAUCCUGCCUUAACCAACCUCCUCCAAGAGCUUCCGAACUUAUCGGUGGCCAUCCGUAAUGUUAAAUCUUCCAGACCACUGUUCAUAGGUCUAGAUGAGGUUGACUUGUCAAGCUUGGUGAAAUUCGUUUCAGUGUCAUCGAAAGAUGAUUUGGAGAAGUUGUUUGAGCAAGAGCACGACUUGAAGUUCAAUUUGGAGGACGAGACGAGACCCCUCUGGAGGGUUGUGGUGGCCAUUAACAAAUAUGAGAUUUCUGGUGGUUCCUCUGGAAACGGUGAAGAUAGCGGUGUGGAUGUUUCGGAGAAAGCUCGAAGGCCAGACUAUGACUUUUGCAUUUUCUUCUGUUGGUGUCAUGCAAUUGGAGACGAAAUGAGCGCGUUCGCUAUUCAGGGAACUUUUUUGAAAGUCCUGAAGCAAGCACUCCAUGAGUACAACGCGACACCGAAACGGACGACCCAAUCCUACUUACCCUCCUCAAAGGUACUCACCAAAAACAUGGCCGCUAAAAUGUGUGACCCAAUUGAAGAUUUGCACGACCUUCAACCUUCAUUGUUUACUAUCAUCAAGGAAGGAUGCAGCGAAUUCUUGCUACCGUCUUUCCUGCAAAAACAGUUGUCUGGUCAAUACUGGGCAGGUGACAAGCAUCUCAACGAUACUCCUUAUUACCAGAACAGGGUCAAGAUGUUCUCGUUACCGCAAAGAUCUUACGAAAAGUUGGUGGCAGUCAUCGAUUCCAAUAACUCCUCAUUCCAAUCAGUUUUGAACACCGCUGUGCUGUUUUCAGGGUAUCAGCAUCUGUUAACUUUCGGUGAAAUCAGGAGUAAAAAGUUCAAAAAUCGUCGACGUGCUGUUGCCGCCACUGCCAACAAUACCUUAAAGAUAAUGACCCCGAUAUCCUUGAGGAAGCAUGUCACCCCCGAAAUUCCGUGGUCUACGAUGGGUAAUUUCGCCGCCGAGUCGGUGUUCAACUAUUCCUUCCCGAAACCGGAAUUCCCGACCAUAAGCUUCUCCACAUCAUCACGGAAUUCCAUAUCCACUACCAAUUCCAAACUUUCAAUUUCAUCCCGCCAAUCAAACCAGUCUAUUUACUCUUUCUCCCGUCGUUCGAUCAUCUCAACUUCGUCGAAAGGUUCUUUUUCUCGUAAAAUACGAAAGCCCAAAUACAAAAAGAACAAUACAGUCCAAAAUAUCAAUUUCUGGGAACUGUGCCAUACUUAUAAAUUUCAGCUAGAAAAAUCCAUCCCGGACGUCAUGGGAAACGUGGGCAUGUUGAGCUACUUGCCCAAAGAACACAAAGAUCUAGAAACUUUCUUCCAGAACAAAUCAAAAUCAUAUCCCAAUGGCAGAGGCUUUUCGAUAAUGCCGUCGAAUCUAGGGAAGUUUCCGGAUUUGGAAUUUGAGCCAUUGGAAGAGCCCGUGGUUGAGAUCGCGUCGUCUGUGACACUAAAGAAUGAACGACAGAGCAGUUUGUUGGACAUGAUCGAGGAGGACAAUAGGACCUCUGCAUUUUCCAGUUUGAGUGGCAGUAGGCGUCAUAGCAUUAUGAGUGGCAAAGACGAGUACCUCACGCAUAGUCAUUAUUAUCCACUCAGCUCGGUCAUCCGAGAUGAUUACUAUGGAUUUGGUAUCAAUCAGAAUAAUUGUAAUAGUGACUCUUCUUUUAGCGACUGCAGUAGUGAUGGGGAUGAUUUCAAUGGCACGAGUAAUUGGGAGGUGGUGGACAUGAUAUUCUCACAAUCGGUGUGGUCUGACGGCCCGGCAAUUUGCCUGAAUUCGGUGACCUAUGAGAAUAAAUUUAACUUUACACUAAGUUACCAGGAGGGAUCAGUGGAAGAGGAUAAGGUAGAUCGAUUGGGCGAAGGAAUUGUAAAAUGCUUAAGAAUCGUCGCGGAGAGAGGAGACUUGGACAUAAAUGACAUCAUAUUUAUGUAA